GCGAGCAGGCGCCUGCCGACCCCCGCCGUCGGUGCGGCAGCUCCAGUCUCUCUUAGCGACUCUACGAGGCACCGACCGCACCACGCGCCUCACGUCCACGCGCGCCCGCCAGCACCGCGCGUGCCAGCCCGUCCCUACCGCUCCUUCCGGGCUGCGCUACCGCCGGCCCAUUUCCGCUCAUGGGAACCGCCGCGCCACGCCCCGCCCCCCAGCUCCUCCACCAACCCACGGCCGGCGGGAGGCGUGGGUGUGAGGCUCCGCUCCUCUGCGCCGAUUGGCCCGCGACGUCGAUGGGCGUGCCGCGGUCUGCCCGAUGGAUGGAGGCGCCUCGGGACGUCUCGGCUGGAUCGGGCGCAGCGCGACAUGGCAGGCGGCGGCGCGUUCUGCGCGUUUUGGCAGCGGGCAGCGGGCCCGCGGGAGCAGCGCCUGCUGGAGCUGCUCUCCUACGGGCUGGUGGCGCUGGGCGCUGUCUCGGCGCUGCUGUUGCGAUUCAUCCCCAUGCCCUACGGGCGCUACUCGUCGCGGCGCUUCGGCUGGCUGCUGCCUGCCCGGCCUGCCUGGCUGCUGCAGGAGCUGCCCGCGCUCCUCGUCCCGCUCGCUCUGGCCGCCUGCAUCCCCGCCUGGCGGCUGCCCAACGCCAUCCUGCUGAGCUGCUUCAUCCUGCACUACGUGCACAGGGCACUCAUAUUUCCUUUUCUGAUCCGGCAAGGAAAGCCAACACCAUUUUUCACCUUCCUACUAGCACUUCUCUUCUGUAUAUACAAUGGAUAUCUGCAAGGCCGAAGCUUAAGCACCUAUGCAGAGUACCCUUCAGACUGGUUAAAACGCCCUUGUUUCAUUGCAGGUUUCAUGGGGUGGCUGGUCGGCAUAGCAAUCAAUAUUCAUUCUGAUCAUAUCCUCAGAAAUCUGAGAAAACCUGGAGAAACUGGUUACAAGAUACCAAGAGGAGGAAUGUUUGAAUAUGUCAGUGGAGCCAACUUCUUCGGAGAGAUCCUGGAAUGGUUUGGAUUUGCUCUUGCCUGCUGCACUAUUGAAAGCCUUGCAUUUGCACUGUGUACGCUUUUCAUUUUGGGUUCAAGGGCAAAGCAACACCACCAAUGGUACCUUGAGAAAUUUGAAGACUACCCAAAGAAUAGAAAAAUUGUGAUUCCAUUUGUCUAUUAGUUUAUUACCUAAAUACCAUCAGGUUCUGAUGGUAGCAGCAUUUUUAAAUGGUUACUUCUUGGAACAAGUAACACUUUUCAUGAGUGUUACCCAGCUAAUGUAUUCUCAUCACUGUGACAAA